UGCUACUGUAUUUAGCAAAGCUGUUUUGAAUGGCUGCUUCGAGAUAGACUAGCUGAUCUGUUGUCGAUCUAUACCUACGAAAACCCAGUUGAUAUUUUGACAAUAAUCCAUGCUUCUCUAGGCACCAUAUCAACCUUAAGUUUAAAAUUUUUUCUGGUAUGUUAGAGAUAUGGGGCGGUAGUUAUUGUGGGAUCCUUACUGUCUUUACCAGCUUUCGGGAUAAGAAUGAUGACUGCGUUUUGCCACUGUUUUGGAUGCCCAGCCAGGAAGGGUACAAAUACGAGUAUACAGAGGCCCUUCUCCAUCGGAACGCCAUUUCGCCCCAUGGGGAUUUUGGGUUAAGCAACCGAGCGCUGAUAUUGCUUGAGCUUUUUUAUACAACCACAACGACUACGAUUUGUGAUGUUUUCAUACAUUAUUUAUUGAGUACAAAUGGAUAUGCUAGGAAUAAUGUACAUUUGUAAGCAACACUUUAGGGAUGCGACUAUGAGUGGGAUCGUAAGCUGAAGAAAUAAAUAUUUAAAUCCAAGA